UUCCUUCCCAUGUCCUUUUGUCACAUUGUUGUUUUCAUGUCUCAGUUGAGAAAUUGAGCUGCUGUGGGUGAGAGUUGUAAAUGAAAGUUCAGUCAAGAGUAACUGUUUGGCAUUCUUAGGCCUUGGAAAUUGGAUAGUGGUCCUGAGGAUGGAGAUAAGGCCAUUAUUGAUGUGUUUUGCCCUUUGUGUGGUCUACGCCACCAGCAAACCAACCGAGAAGAAGGAUCGCACCCAUCAUGAUCCCAUGCUGAGCAGUAAGGAGCAUGAUGACGCAGAUAAUUUUGAGUAUGAUCAUGACGCCUUCCUGGGAGAAGCUGAGGCUAAGACCUUUGAUGAUCUCACUCCUGAGGAGAGCAAAGACAGGCUAGGCAAAAUUGUGGACAAAAUUGAUGCUGAUCAGGAUGGCUUCGUGACAGAAGCAGAGCUCAAAGCCUGGAUCAAGAAAGCUCAGAAAAAGUACAUUUAUGAAAAUGUGGACAGGCAGUGGAACGACUUUGAUCUCAACAAUGAUGGCAUGAUCUCCUGGGAUGAGUACAAGAAUGUCACUUAUGGCACCUACCUAGAGGACCCAGAGCCUGAUGAUGGCUACAACUACAAGCAGAUGAUGGCCAGGGACGAGAGGCGUUUCCAAAUGGCUGAUAAGAACGGAGACCACAUCGCUGAUAAGGAGGAGUUCACCGCCUUCCUUCACCCUGAGGAGUAUGAUCAUAUGAAGGAGAUCGUGGUGAUGGAAACAAUGGAAGACAUUGACAAAAAUGGCGAUGGAUUCAUUGAUUUGGACGAGUAUAUUGGUGACAUGUACAAUCAUGAGGAUGAGAUGGAUGAGCCAGACUGGGUGGCCACGGAGCGGGAGCAGUUUUCCGAAUUCAGGGACAAAAACAAGGAUGGGAAGAUGGAUAGGGAGGAGACUAUGGACUGGAUCCUUCCAGCUGACUACGACCAUGCUGAGGCCGAAGCUAAACACCUUGUAUAUGAAUCGGACUCCAACAAGGAUGGAAAACUCGCCAAAGAAGAGAUCCUUAACAAAUAUGACUUGUUUGUUGGAAGUCAAGCUACAGAUUUUGGAGAAGCAUUAGUAAGGCAUGAUGAGUUUUAAUUUUUUGUUUUUUGGUUUCUGUUUUGUGAAUUACAAGCGUUUUUAAAGUUGUUUUGUUACUGAACAUAAUUUAUUUUAUAUGAGGUCCUGUUACAACACUAAACAAUUUGAUUUAGAUUGAUUCUGAUGUUUUUGUUGGAUUUAUGUAUGAACAUACAUUAUUUUGUGUAUUUUGUAACCUGUAACCAAGUGGACAUUGGUUUAGCUUACUAUUACAGGCAGUGUUACACAACUUUAAACUCAGUGUUCAUUUGAAAUGUUCAGUUUUCAGUUUUUAUGUAGACUCUAAAGACAGUUUGUCAUAUGCUGAAACUCAGAAACCCUGUUUAUUUUGUUGGACUCUGUAUGGAUCCCCCCACCUCCUGUACGUUCUUGUGGCACCUCUUUGUUAUCUUUUACUACUGUUGACACCUUUGUAAACAACAACAACAACUCAAUUUGAUCGGAACAGUUCUCAGUUGAAGUGACCACUACGAUGUAGUCAGAACACUUACUCAAUGGAAACACGACACUUGAAUUUACCCAGAUGCACAAGACUCGCAAUAGUUACAAGAUUGUAUGAAACAUGAAAUAAUCUGAAAACAGAAAGGAUUCAAUUGAAUUCUUUACAAGAACUUCUUGCCAGAACUGUCACAUUCUGAUUUAAAGUUCAUCUUUUUGUUUAAUGUCUGUGUGAAUUGACCCAUCAGUGGAGAGUUAAACAAUCAUGGCAUUUUGGUACUGAGAACACUGUUUUCAAUAAAACAACUGCUGAAACAAA